ACGUAACAGCUCGGUCCAGCCCCUGUACAAGUCACUGCGUUCCCCGAUGCAGGCUGCAUCGCUUCACCCGGACAGAAAAACACAUUCCCAGUGGUAAGGAUUAUUUGCAUAAUGCAGCUAGAACUCGACAUAAGUGGAUACUUCUGAAGUGGCAAUAACGUUUGUCACCUGAGUCAACAUGUUCCUCUCUGACCCCAGGCUGGACUCGCCCAUCCUCUCCUCCCACAUCCCGGGCCCUGCAGCCCUGGGCCUGGCCUCCGUCUGAUCCUACAACCUCAACACCUCCUGGCCCUGUGCUACACCUCUCUCUCCUCCCAGCGUCCCCUCACCUCUCCCCCAGCCUCACCUCUCCCCCAGCCCCAGCCUCAGGCCCCUAGCCUCCCCCACCCCCAGUAGCCCACCAACAGAACCCGGGGAGGACCAUGGACAGCCCCUCCAAGUUGUCCGGGGAGACCCUUAUUGUGCACCACAUCCCCCUGGUCCACUGCCAGGUGUCGGGGGGACGGCAGGGGGGCUGCGGGGGGUCGCUGCGGAGGAGCAACCCCUUCAGCCCCCCGGAGAACCUGGGCCUCAGCCGCACCACCUCCCUGCCCGAGAGAGACGUGCUGCAGAGGGAGGCGCUGCUCUACAGCAGCCUGGUCCACGCCUCCUGCCGGCCUGGAGGAGGAGGAGGAGGAGGAGGGGGGAGGGGAGGGGGGAGGGGAGGGAGCACGGCCAGCGACGACUCAUCCUACACAUCGUCCAACUCGGGGGAUCAGCCAAUCACGGCUCACACGCUGCCCAGGACAAAGCCCAGGAACCACGGCAACCGUCUCCGUCACAACCCCUUCCUGCUUAACGCUGAGGACGACGAGGACGAGGAGGAGGACGACGGAGACAACCUCAACGGUUACCUGGAGGACUCCUCUUUCCAUCUCCACGGCAAUGCCAACUCCACCCUCGACGACGGGGUGCCUCCCUUCCACCUCCACGACCUGGGGUUCCACCCCGAGCCCUUCCUGCUGCACGGCACUCUGGGAAAGCCCUGGGGGUCCAGCAGCCGGGAGUCUCUCAGCGGAACGACCUCCGACCUCUCUGCCCACCUGGAGACCCUGGACCUGCUGGGAUUGGACAGCCAGCGUCGCCACGGCAGCAGCGGCUCCAACAUGUCGAUGGACUGCGGGGAGCAGGAGUGGGGCGAGGAGGAGGAGGAGGAGGAAGAGGAGGACCAUCCCAAGACAGGCUCCUGCUCCUCCAGCUGCUCUGCGCCUCGCUGCUCCUGCAGACCAUCCCGGACGUGCCCCCAACAUCCCGACUUCACAGAGCCCUACUCAGACUGCCAGCUGGGCUACGGCAGCGACUCGUCCUGCAACAGCUCUGACGGCGUGCUGGUUAAUUUCAGCGCCAUCUUCAACAAAAUGAACAACAGCGUCCCCACCAAAGUAGGGCCUGGACCCUCGCCCAACCUCAACAGCUCCGCUCAGCACUCCUGUGUCUCAGAGCCGGGUGGGGGGCGGGGCAGCUGCCAUGGGGGCGGGGCCUUCUACCUGGACCUCCACACUUCCCCCACCGAUCCCCCCCAGCCCCAGCAUGCCCCCUGCCCCUCCAACAACCUUCCUGUCUAUCUCCACGAGACCCCCCAUUCCACCACCUCCCCCUGCACCUGCUCCGCGCAGCACCAGGGGGUGCUGGACCUGGACGACAACUGCAACUCCUACCAGAAGUCGGGGGAGGCAGGGUCCUGCCUGCAGAGCCAGGCCAGGCUGGUGGUGGCCACCCAGAACUACUACAAGCUGGUGACCUGUGACCUCUCGUCCCAGUCCUCGCCCAGCCCUGUGGCCUCGUCCGUCACCAGCUGCUCUGACGAGCACAGCAAGGAGAGCCCCACCCCCACAGAGUACUUCCUGUUCAGACACCAAGCCGAGGAGGGGGGCGGGGCCAGGGAGGAAGACCAGGAAGAUGAGGACCGACAGUCACCGAAGCGUGAUGAAGAGGAGGAGGAGGAAGAGGAAGUGAGCAGGGCAAAGCGAGACUUGGCCAGUAGUGCUCCAGCCCCAGGUGUGAUCGAGGGUCAGGUGUACGUUAACAUCUCCCCUCCCAUUGGCUGCCGUGCCGACAUCGGGGGCGGGGUCUCCGGGGGGCAUACCCGUUCCCGUAGCUACGACCGCAGCCUGGCCCAUGCCCCGCCCCCCGGGCUGGGCCCUCUGGAGCGCAUGCUGAGUUGCCCCAUGCGUCUGAGCGAGGGCGCAGGCCACGCCCUCGGCCAGGCCACGCCCCUCAGGGUCACCUCCUUCGCUGAGAUGGCCCGCUGCAAGCGCCGGACCGGGGCCUUGCCCUUGCUGAGGACGGGGACAGACCCCCUGUCCUCCGGUCCCCCCGCCCCCUCCUCGGCUGAGCCCUCCCCCCCGGCACAGCAGCUGGACCCGGGCUCCACCCCGCCCCCCUGCCCCCUCACACGCUGCUACAGCCAGGGGAGCACCGAGGCCCGGGAGACACGCUCCAGGACUGGAGGCUCUCUGUCCUGUUCUCCAGACUGCUGCCCGGCCGUGGUGCGCUACAGCAAGGACCAGCGUCCCACCUCCCUCCCCAUCCAGCCCUUCACCUUCCACCACCAGUUCUCCAGGCCCCAGCCCAAGCCCCUGCUGCCCCUGCUCACAGGCUACGUGUCUGGGAUGCAGGCCCGCUCCGGCUCCGGGGGCUCUGGAGGUCCGGAGGGGUAUGAGGAAGCCGACGAGCCCCAGGACAGGCCUCGCUGCUCGGGUGCGGCGGCGGUGGCCCCCCCUGGCUCGGUCCGGCCCUCUCCUCUUGGGAGCUACUCCCCCGUCCGCCUACAGGGGGCGAUCAGCUCGGGGUCCUGCUCCACCUGCACCCCUAGCCCCACGCCCCCCCUCUGCCUCUCCUGCCCCCGCUCCCCUCAUGCCCAGACGGCCGCUGCCCUGCCCCCCCCCUCUCUGCUGGGUGUGUCCCAGGCAGAGGUGCCCCCCUCUCUGCCCCCUGUCCAGGGGUACCAGCGGGGGGCGCUGCCCAGCGCCUGCAUCAGCCCUGGGGGGCCCCAUGUGUCAGAACAGGCCGAGCACAGUCAAGGACCCCGCCAGCACCACGCCCAUCAUCUCUCUCCCCAGGCUCUCAAAUGGCGAGAGUAUCGCCGUAGAAACCCUCUGGGGGUGGAGAGGGCAGGCCACCUGGAUCCCCACAGGGCAGGGGGUGGGGCCAGGAGCCGCCACGCCCGCCGCAACGUGUUUGACUUCCCAGCAACCUCUAGCCGCUUCAAUGGGCCUUCAGUAAAGCAGCUGCAGCAGUACUACAGUGACUACCUGCCAGACUACUUCUCCCUGGCAGAGCGCCCCCCAGAGGAGUUCUGUCUAUCCCCCGACGCCUCCUCCUCUUCCUCCUCCGAGAUCUCUGUCGACCUGCAGCAGAUGAGAGGUUUGGUCAAAGCCAUCAACACUGCAAUAGAUCUGAUUGUUGCUCACUUUGGGACAAGUCGUGAUCCAGAUGUCAAGGCUAAGCUGGGGAACAGCUGGGUGAGUCCCAACGUGGGCCACCUCAUCCUGAAAUACUUGUGUCCGGCCCUGCGGGGGGUUCUGCAGGACGGCCUCAAGCCCCACGUCCUGGACCUCAUCAUCGGCCAGCGUCGCAACCAGCCCUGGAGCCUGGUGGAGGCCUCCACACAGCUGGGCCCGUCCACGCGUGUACUACACAGCUUGUUCUCUAAAGUGAGCCAGUACUCGGAGCUCAGCAGCCACAGCAUGAGGCUCAACGCCUUCAUCUUCGGUCUCCUCAACUUGAGGUCGCUGGAGUUCUGGUUCAACCAUCUUCACACUCAUGAAGACAUCUUGGCGGUUCACUACCAGCCGUGGGGUUUCCUGCCACUGUCGCAGGGGCCGUGCCAACCGCUGUUCCAGGAGCUGCUGCUCCUCCUGCAGCCCCUGUCGCUCCUCCCCUUCCACCUAGACUUCCUGUUCGAGCCCCGCCUCCUGCAGAAGGGGCAGGACCACCUGCGACGAAAGGAGUUGCUCUGCUCCGCCGACCAAUCAGCUCGCUCCACCUUUCAGCUCAUGAGGGGGUGGGGCACGCCCGUGGUCGAUGGGGUGGAGUCUGGCGCUGGGAAGAGGAAGAGGGCGGAGCUGAGACGAGAGGGGACAUUGCCAAGAAUGGAGGGGGCGGGUAGCAGGAUGGAGGGGGUGGGGCAGGGGGAGGAGCUUGCCAAAGACGGAGGCGGGAUGGAUUCCAUCGGGGCGGAACUUGUAUGGAAGCAGCCAAUGGUGGACGUAGAGGAAGGGAUCUCCACCUUGUGGAGGGAGAGAGGAUCCGCCGGGCCGAGAGUGAAGGGAGUGGGUGGAGAGAGUCACCAGGACGACAGGGAUGGAGAGAAGAAGAAGGACAGAGAGAGGGGGGUGUCGGAGGAGGGGCGUCAGAAACAGGAGCGCCAGGCAGGAUGGUGGUACCAGCUUAUGCAGUCCUCCCAGGUCUACAUUGACCAAUCAGCAGAGGGGUCGAAGUUCACCCGGAGUGAGAAGAGGAAGAAGUCGGCCGAGAGGCGAGCCAGCCAGCUCCCGCCCACGAGGGAGGGCGUGGUGGAGGGGGCGGAGUCCAGACCGGAAGGGGAGGAGCCCAGGAAGAGGAGCAGCAGCGCUGACUCUGCGGGGAGUGGGGGGAGGAGGUCGUGGAUGGGCAGCCCUCCGGACUCUGUCCUUUGCCAGGAGAAGCUCCAGGGGCCCCCAGGGGCCAAGCCCUCCACCGCCCCGCCCCAGGACCAGCCCUCCUCCGGCCGGCCCCAGGACCAGCCCUCCACCGCCCCGCCCCAGGACCAGCCCUCCUCCGCCCCGCCCCAGGACCAGCCCUCCUCCGCCCCGCCCCAGGACCAGCCCUCCUCCGGCCGGCCCCAGGACCAGGCCCACUCCCAGGGCAUGCGCUGGGGACGGCUGUUCGGCUCCAGCAUGGGCUCCUCACCCAGAGCAGAACACUCCAGGCAAGCCAAGACUCAAAGAAGCAGGCUGCCGUCCGGAUGGCUGAGUCUGGACAGGUCUGUUCUGGACCUGGUGGCCCAGACUGUGGGGGCGGGGUCAGGGAGGAGGGUGGAGCCUUCAGCCCCUCCCCUCGACAGCAAAGCUCCUCCCCCGCAACCUCAGACAGCACAAGCUGCAGAGACCAAGUCUCCAUGUGAGGUUAGGGCUCUGUGUCACCACAUCGCCACACAGCCAGGCCAGCUGAGCUUCCACAAGGGAGACGUCCUCCGCGUGCUGGCCCAGCCCGACUCCGACUGGCUGCUCUGCUCCCUGGGGGCCAGCUGUGGCCUGGUGCCCCUCAUCUACGUGACGCUCCGCAGCCUGGGGGACCCCCCGGGCCCCCCCCCAUGGCGGCCCGCACUGAGGGGAGGGAGGAGGGGAGGGGAGAGGUUGAAGGGAACACGGAAGCGCCUGAGAGGGGAAGAGAAAGAGACAGUCUGGAUGAUGUAGUCGUUGGAUUCGAGACUCCUACAGAUGUUUAAGAUGUUUGGGUGUGAUGUGUUCUACUGCAGGAUGUGAUGUGCUCUACUGCAGGAUGCGACGUGUCCACAUAGGAACGUGUCCACAUAGGAACGCAUGCAGGCACGACUACACACUUGCACCUGUGAGGAGAGUUCCUCUCAAGCAUGCACUCAUCCAAAGAGAUGACGCAAAUACACACACACGCGUGAACACACACACAUACACUUACACACACACACACACAGACCUGGAAGACUCUGCUCUGCACAGCUCUCAGAGGUCUCAAACUGUCCGUCAGAUUCUUUUUGAUAGAGUGAUACAAAGCAAGGAACCAUAUUAAAUGUAUAUAGUGUAUAUACAUAUAUACACACACACCAUACCUAGCUGUGCUUUAUCAUGCUGUGGACGCCAAGCCCCUCACCCGGCUGUGCUACAACAAUGCUAAGCUAAUCCUAAACAUCCAGCUUCGCGAUCACAAGAACAAACUGAGCAAGCAACUCUCGAGUCAUUCACCCAGAGUUCUCUAAACCCUUUAUAGAAUAGUCUUAGGAUGACAGUUGGUUUACAUAACAAAAGAUAAAUUCCAGUAGAUGUAGUGUGAAAAGUCCUGUAAGGGGUCUGAAGGGCCGGUGCUCUGAGGGGCAACCAGAUACACGCUUUCAGCUUCUUUCAUCUUCUCAUCAUUGUUACUCACGCUUGCUGCCAUGCCAACCAUUGGAUGGACGAAACAGAAGCAAGUGGAACCUGUCUCUCCCUCUCUUCAGUUGCAGUGUUUGGGUGACUGCCAGGUUAAACCGACCAAUCACAGGCAGAGGACUGUUGCGCAUGUGAGGAGACAACAUAGUUGUGGACUCCAGACUCCUCCCCUCAGCCCCCACAACCAAACCAAGACAGGCGAAUCGGCUUCCAGCUGCAGUGGACUUGUGUAUUUAAUUCUGACAUACAUACUAUACGUGCAUAUAUGACUUACACAUGUGGUGAGUUCUGUUUAUUUAUUGAAGAGUUAUAUAAUGUAUUUAGAUAUGCGUGUGAAUGGUUGGGAUGGAUACAGAGAGAAGGAUGUCUAAUGAAAGCAACAUAGUUUGGGAGUUGUUUUACAGGUGUUUGGUCGAGGUAUUUGACAGGUGUUUGGUGGUUGUGACCUGCCUUGUCCCUGUUAACGGCCCUAACCCUGGGGUACCCUUUCCCCCACAGCGUCUACCAGACUCCUCAGGUGUGUUUCUGGAAAAUAAAGAGUUUAAAGAUGUUUUGUGGAAGCUGAUGAGAACCUCAACCCGUUCUUCACUGGCUGUGUACGUUACCUGUGAUGUCCAGGUGUGUACGUUACCUGUGACGUCCAGGUGUGUACGUUACCUGUGACGUCCAGGUGUGCUAUGUGGCCUUAGGUUCAGACUGAGAUGUACAGAAAAUAUACCGUAACGCUGGGAGCAAUCCUAGAUGAUGAUUAUUGAGGGUCGUUACUGAAAGACUUUCCUCGUAAUAAUACACCACUUAACGGGCUAGCGAACGUUUCUUUGAGGUUUCAUUGAGACGGUAAUCUAGUCAGUAAGUUCAAUAAAAUGACAUUUGUUUUCCUUUUUCUUUUUUUUCUUUUUAUAUAAUUUUUUAACAUUGCCUCAACGUUACUGAUGAACUGUAAAUAUGGUUUAUUUGAAGGGUUCAUUUCUGUAAGAAAAGUAUAGAGAUUGUUAACAUUAAUGAAGUUAUAUGUGUUUGCAAAUGUUCCUUGAUUUGACGGGUAGCCUUGAUGCUAACUUCCUGGAAGCAGGCCAUGGGAGAGUCUGAGAGAAGGUUCGCACUCAGUAGUCUAUGUACAUGUAAAUAUGAUUGGGACUGGAUGAACUCACUCCUCAGUAGAUAUAUACCGCCCACCCGCACCAUCGAACGGUCAUCUUUUGUGUGGCGUAGCUGGUAAAGAGGUCUUUACGGAGGUGAUGUUUGCGGUCAGAGAAUCAGAGGACUCUGGUUUGAAUGCCAGAGUGAGGAAAGAAGUGAUCUUGACGAGCAACGACACGCACGUUCCAGCGCGUUCUGCUCUUCAUGACAUCCUCAUCCUCAUCAUAUGAGAUCAUAUGGGAGCUACUGAUCAACAAUUAAGAACAAUUCAAAUCCAUUGGUUCCGAUUGGUUACAUGUUUAUUAUUUUUUGCCAUACUGCAGUGUCCUGCCAGACUCAAUGUGUUGGCUGAACAUCUGUACAGUGAGCUUAGCUCAAUCCCAUUCUCCCACAGUCAUGGUUUGUUCAAAGGACAAGUCUACACGGCGAUAAUGUAUUUUUGUGCAGUUGUAGCAAGGGGUUUCUCUCUCUCUCUGUCUCUAUGUCUCUCUCUGUCUCUCUGUCUCUCUCUGUCUCUCUCUGUCUCUCUGUCUCUCUCUCUCUGUCUCUCUCUGUCUCUCUGUCUUUCUCUCUCUCUCUGUCUCUCUCUGUCUCUCUGUCUUUCUCUCUCUGUCUCUCUCUCUGUCUCUCUCUCUCUGUCUCCCUCUGUCUGACACUUUGCUUCUGCUUGUACAGUACCUGUAGCAGCAGUGGCUCUGCUGCCCUGUGUGUGUCCAAUGCUAUAUGACCUGUAUGACAUUAACAACCUACUAUGGACAUUAUUAACAAUAACAAAGUGCUCUUGUGAUCACAGUUCAAACGACUCCCUCGUCUGUUACCCUCAGUACAUCUUGUAUUCAUAUGCUGCUGACACUGUUUCCUGUCACAUGUCCGUCUCUGUUUCCGGUCACAUGUUCCUGUUCCUGAAGAACAGCAUGGAAGUCUGUAGCAAACCCUACUGGGUGCAUAGUGGGUGCUUUUCUCCAUGGAUACACAGUGAAGUCUGUGAUUUAGAUGACGUUACAAAAGCAUGUGUUUGCCCAGGAUUAUGACAUCAGCAAAUGACAUAUACAAUGACAAAGCUCAAAGACCACAGAUGGAUGAAGGGAAACAAGUCCUCAUUCGGCCACUAUAUGGGGAUACUGCUCCUAACCAGCGCUCAUGGUUAGCUAGAGGUCAGGAUGGUGGUGCUGGAUCUUGGUGUCUCCUAGACCCCAGGAACAUGAACUCUACCCAGGGGUGUGGGCGCUGACUGGAGGGAGAAGCACUGCAGAUCAUUUGGUGUUUCUUUUACAAUGAGUGACACAUGGAAAUGUUUAAACAGUAAGUAU